AUGGCUUCAGAGAGUGACAUGGCAGUUUUGGCUACCAGUGGCGUGGGCGGGGAGGAGGGCGACGCCGCCAAGGUGCUGGCACAAAAGGAGUGGAAUGCAGUUGGAGUCAUGGCGCGCGUUCGUCCCUUGUCCACGGUGGAGCACGCGGACCCCUCCGUGAAGAGUAUCUUGCAUUGCCUCAAGGAUGGAAUUGUUGUCCACGGUGUCCCAACGCAGUCACCGUCUCGUUACUUUGGUGUCCGUCAUGCCAAGCCUCGGUCACAAUAUUUCAAGGUUGACGAGGUGUUUCACCCACACAGCACACAGCUCGAGGUGUAUGAGGCCUGCCGUAACGUUGUGGCUGGUGUCUUUGAUGGCAUUAAUGGCUCUAUCCUCGCCUACGGUGCAACUGGUUCGGGAAAGACGCACACCAUGUUUGGCAGUAACAUGAGUGUGGCAGGGGUGAUAUACCAGGGCGUGCGGGACAUCCUGGAGGAGAAGGAGCGACUAGAGGUGGAAGAGCAGAAAGUGGUGAAGGUGCGUUGCACGUUUUUGGAAGUGUAUAAUGAGGAGGUCUUUGACCUGCUAGUGCCGUCAAGCUCUAGUGGAAAACGGAUUCCACUGAAGCUGCAGGACUUUGGCCAGGAAGACAGUUUCCACGACGGAGAGAGGAGUGGUGCCAAUCUUGAGAGUCUUAGCGUGAAGAGUCUUACGCACGUCACGCCUCAAACUGCGGAAGACUUCGCCAAGCUUGUGGAACUUGGCCAAGCAAAUAGAUUUGUUGCGUCUACCAACGUCAAUGCCCAGUCAAGCCGCUCACACGCAAUUCUUACAUUGGAAGUGGAGGUGAAGGACACUGUGGAUGCGACUCUUGGGACCGUGGGCCGCAUUCGUUUUUGCGACCUAGCGGGCUCAGAGCGCGCUGCAGGCACAAGUAACAGUGGUAUUCGUCUACAGGAGGGUGGAAACAUCAAUCGUUCCCUUCUCGCGCUUGGCACCGUGGUUCAGGCCUUGAUCUAUCGCAGCAAGCACCCCGAUCGUGUGAAUUAUAUUCCAUAUCGAGGCUCCAAGCUGACGCGGCUACUGCGGGAUUGCUUUGGCGGAAACUGUCGCACGUUAAUGCUCUUUUGCGUUAGCCCAAGUAGUAAGAUGUACGAAGAGACAAUCAACACGAUGCUCUUUGCGAUGCAGGCAAAGGAUAUUCAGGUCUCUGCCAAGCGCCACGAAUUCCGUGUUGAUUCAAAGGAGGUGACCAAAAGUCAAGAGGCACUGAUUGAUGAACUUCGCUUGGAACUGGCACAGACACAGGAUGAACUACUGCGUCUACGCGGGGGCAGCCCCGAAGCUGCCUUGAACCGAAGCGUAAUGGGCCGACAAAGUUCACAACUCGUCGCGGAUUCUUUCUCCCCGAUGCCAAUUUUGACACCUUGUAAAGGAGAGCAAUCACCGCCUCCGGGCGCUUCGACGAUUGCAAUGGGAAACGACAUUCGACUGGAGUCCCUGGAGACAUCGCCUACCAUGCUUCACACCUCACGUCGUUUAUCGACUCGAGUGACACUGGGAGUGUUAGGGUCCGACGCGUACACGGCACUGCAAAAGAAGCUGAAAAAGUUUUCAGUGGCGAAGGAGACACUCUACCGAGCGAUGCGGGAGACACAGGAGGCCAACAGUGAACUUGACAUUCGACUGCGGCAGCACAAAUGGAAGCUUGCCCGUUUUCUUGCCGCCCGACGAAAGUCAGCUGCUGGGGAUGCCAAUGAAGAGAAGGCGACACCGGUUGGUGUGGCGGGCCUGCGGCUCGCUAUUGAGAAGAUGGAGAUGGAAUCGGCGACACAAGGUGGGAAAAUGGAGGAACUUUUGGAAAAAAUGAAUGAUACGGAUCGCACCAUCGCUGGAAUUCGUCAAGAGUUGUUGGGAGAGAAACAACACCCACUACUGGAGCUCCUGAUGGAUAAUGUGAAGCUGCGACAAAGUUGCACGGAGGCGGAGUGUCUCGCGGCGCACUACCACCAGGAGUGUCGUUCUAUCAUGAAUCGUGAAGAGGAGUACAUGCAGGCGCUUAGUGUGUGUAUAUCCGUGAUACGACACAUGCUUCCGUUAGCCUCUGGUGUUUCACACAUUAUGGACGAGGCGAAGCUAGCGCUUAUGUUUGCCAAUCUCCCUUCCUUGUCUACGAUGGACAUGAUUCCCUUCUUUGAGCGAUCGAUGAAGACUGGACAUACCCCAUCCAUCUCUCUUCUUGAUGCACACCGGGCAUUCUCACCUGUGGAAACCAUAGAGGCACGUAUACAGCGUUUGGUGGAGGGUCGUGGAAGUGGAAAGAAUUCCGUAGCACGUCAACCAUCCCACUGUCGUGCACAAUGCCAGACCAAGGGAACACCGUCUAGCAAAGCACACGUAGGCAAUGCUAGUCCAAAAGUUGACCGUAUUCCGUUUUCCACUGGACCAACACGGUCGAGGUCGGAACCUUUUGUCACCACACACAGCACAACAUCGUUGCGUCAACCGGUGGAGAAUGGAUUCGCUACCGCAAAAAAUCCGGUAGGUUUUGAUAGGACACCUUCGGCUAAUGCAAAAAAAGUCGCUUUUGUGGGAGUUACAAAGAAAUCUGUAACAAGUGCUCCUGCGCCGCGCUCACACCUCCGCAAUGGCAGCAAAGGUGCCCCCGUAAAGAGGGCCACAUCACAGGGUACAAGAGCAGCUACAGCGUCAGCCGCAUUUAGUCGUUCGCACACGGCAAGUGAGGCCCCGCAUGUCCGCAUGCCCAAGAAUGGCGGUCUGUCUCUUGUUGCGAAUGAGGGACACAACCGCGAGCGAGUGCGAAAGCUACAGAACUCACCAUCGUUAAAUCACUCCUCUUUUUUGCCAAACAGCGACGGGAACGUCAUGCCUUUGCGGCGGAAUCGUGUAGCAUUUCAGUUACCUGCUGAAGAAGGAGCCUCUAGUUUACCCCAGCGGCGACUUCAAAACACCGACCUGGAGGAACGGUUCACAAGGCUUCUAACCGAGGUACAACAGUGGCAUAUUGGAACUGCUGCAGCCCCAGUGGCAAAGGGUAACCACACAACUCUGCGUCCCGUCACCGACAUUCCGUGA